AUGGGAGAGGGAACUCGCAUGAACCAGAUGUUGGAGUCCAUUGCUGGCCUAAGGAGAUCACAAGAAGAGCAGCAAAUCACUCAAGCCGAACAGCAGAAGCUACUCAACACCGUGACUCAACAGUUGGGAGCUCUCUCCGAUGCUGUGAAGAAUCUCGGCAAGCAGAAACUCGACCAGGAAGGGCUAGGAGAGACAUCGAGCCACGACUUCGAAUACCAACACCGGGAGAGCUUCAAUGGGGAGCAACAUAGAGCAGGUAUUCAAACUAAAACAGUGAGAGUUGAUUUCCCUAAAUUCAAUGGUUCGGAUCCAGCAGGUUGGCUCUAUACGGUCAAUCAUUUUUUCCUGUUUCAUGAAACUCCACCCCAUCAAAGGGUUUUGUUGGCCUCCUUCCACAUGGAGGACAAGGCCUUAAUCUGGUUUCAGGACCUGGAGAGGUCUGGUCUAUUAACAAGCUGGGAGACAUUCGAAAGAGCCUUGCAUACCCGAUUUGGAGUCGCUCCUUAUGACGACUCGUUGGGGCAGUUAUCAAACCUAAAACUAACCUCAUUUAAGGAACAGUUCGAGGAAUUGUCCAAUAGAGUCAGAGACCUUGAUGAAGGCCAUCAGCUCAGUUUGUUCAUGGGGGGAUUGAAGGAGGAGAUCAGGUGGGCGGUGAAACUCUCGAACCCGAUCAAUGUUCACAUGGCUUAUGGCAAGGCACGGAUACAAGAAGAAAACCUCCUAGCAACUAAGAAGUAUAUCAUACCCAAGCACUCUACCCCAUCUCAUCACCUGGCUGUAACCAAACCAGCAACCAAACCCAACACCCAGGUCCAUAAAUACUCCCCAGAGCAGAUAAGAGAAAAAAAAAAAAGCAAGGGGUUAUGUUUUAAUUGUGAUGCCAAAUGGCAUCCAGGGCAUAAAUGUGGGGCUGCUAAACUUUUCUUGUUGGAAGGAAAUGAGCUCAACUGUUUUAACGAGGAGGGGGAAUCCCCUGAGUUCGUAGGGCAUGAUUGUUCGGGAGAGGUAGGGGUGGAGCAACAACCGGGAGAGGACAAAGUGGAAAUUACCCUACACGCCCUGACGGGAUCCCCUCACUAUAAGACAAUGAGAGUGGUUGGUUGUUUUAGGGGACAAUCCUUUGUGAUACUAGUAGAUACAAGAAGCACUCACAAUUUUAUUGAUCCAGCUCUGGUCAGGAGACUUAAGCUGACCUUGGAUAGUGGGGAGAAGGUGAAGGUGAAAGUAGCUAAUGGAGAAGAGAUCCGGUGUGAGGGAAGAUGCCGAGCAGUAAGCUUUGUGGUGCAAGGGACUAGAUUUGAAGCUGAUAUGUACUCCCUGGUUUUAGGGGGCUGUGAUAUUGUAUUGGGAAUUCUGUGGCUCAGUACGCUGGGCAAAAUCAUGUGGAAUUUUGUAGAACUUACUAUAAAGCUCCACCAAAAUGGCCAAACUGUUUGUUUGAAAGGACUCACUUUCCAGGCGUUAGUGGAAGAAGAAGUGGAGGGAAAACUCUCUUACUUGGAGAGAAAGGGAAUCCUGCUACAACCAUUAGAAGGGAUAAAAGAAGAGGCAAGGGACAGCAUCUCCCAGCCUCUAACCUCCCUAUUGGAUGAAUUUCAGCAAGUCUUUGCAGAGCCUAGGGGAUUACCUCCCAUUAGGUCAUGUGACCAUGGGAUCACCCUUAAGGAGGGAACUUCUCCCAUCAGUGUAAGACCCUACAGAUACCCUUAUUUUCAAAAAGAGGAGAUAGAAAGGAUUGUUCGGGAGCUACUGGAGUUAGGAACCAUACGACCGAGCCAUAGUCCUUAG